GAUGUCCGUGUCUGUCCAUUUCCUUCUCGUUUGGUCACUUCUCAUCUCUCACAGUGUAUCUCUAAGCAUGUAUAAAUCUCACAGACAGCGAUCCUCUACACGUCGUUCCACUCUCAUCUCCAAACUCUCCGCUUCCAUCAGAAAGAGAAAUGACGUUUCUGUUUCGACUUUAGAAGGACCGCCAGGAAUAGAUUUGUUAAAGAAAUGUUACAAGACACCGAUCAGUGCAGGCAGAGUGGAUAUAACUGUCGAAACGCAUAAUUUUGUGAACGAGACGCACAAGGCGAUGGAGGUUCAGUGGGUUGGGAACAACAGAAAGGGUAUCUUAGCCUUGGCAACAUCUUCAUAUGCUGUGUUUACGAUUGCUGGGAUUAGAAGAGUAGCAUCUCCAUCAAGAUUAUGGAAAUCGAAUGAUGGUCGAACAUUUAAAGACAUCAGUCAUGCAAUAAAGCAGGAAGUUAUUCUUGAUGAUAGAGGGAUGCUGAGAAGUCCACUUGAUCCGGCUUAUGUUAUUCUGAUUGUGUUCAAUCGAUCUCGCAUCUACAUCUCGAAAGACGGCGGAGAUCAUUUUGGUAAAGUUGACCUUUCGUUUACGGUCUACAACAUCAAAUUCCACCCAAAAGACAAACAAUAUCUCCUUGCUCUAUCACGUCAAGGAGCUCUUUAUUACAGUCAAAAUUUUGGGUUUAAAUGGAAGUUGUUGAUGACGGGUGGCAUUGUGGAUAAUUACGAGUGGGUUGAUCCGCAUACAUUACCUUACAGUGCGUAUGCAACUGUCGUUAAACGAGGCGCAGACGUGUCUGGUAGUCUUGCUGACUUACAUCGAUUUGAUAGUCUUGACCAAAGUAGAGUGGAUGCUAAAGUUGCGUUUGCUGGUAUUCAUCAGUUUGUUGCGGAAGGAAAGUUCAUUAUUCUUUCUUCUGCUGAGAACAGGCAACGAGAACCUGAGAUUCGUGGUUUGAAUGUGAGUGAAGACGGCGGUAAUCAUUGGAACAAAGUGCAACUGCCAGAAGCCAACAAAACAGAAUUCUAUCACUUCCUGGAUGCCUCAGAAGGUCUCAUUUUCCUACAUGUUGCUGUUGGAACGGAUCCUGGCCGUGGAGCUAUCUACGCGUCUGAUGGCAGUGGAGUUCACUUUGUUCGUGUCUUAGACAAUCAUUUGUUUGUAUCUGGGAUGACGGACUUCUAUAAAGUGAGAUCAAUUAGAGGAACAUACAUCACAAGCAUCGUUAUAAAUGACAAUAUUCUUCAGUCUAUGAUUACUUACGAUCGCGGCGGUCGGUGGCAGCCACUGAAGGCACCAGAAAGUGAAUGUGCAAGUUCAUCAAAGGGCUUGUGCUUCCUUCAUCUCCACCAUGUCUUCAGCAAGAGCAAGGGAGUGAACAUUUCUCAAGGAAUUGUCAGUCAUGAGAACGCUCCCGGUCUUGUAAUGGCACACGGAAACACCGGAAAAGGACUGAAAUACGAUAAUAUUGGUGUCUAUGUUAGCAGUGAUGGAGGAUACAACUGGAAUCGGGUGUUUGAUGGUUCGUAUUACUAUGUGAUCGCAGACAGUGGGGGUCUACUCCUUGCUGUGCCUCUAACAGGCGGUGGAUGGGCAGAGACAAAGAUAUACUAUUCGUUUGAUUGGGGUUUGUGUUGGCAUUGGACGACGUUUAUUUCGGAGCGUUUUCACUUCACCGGGUUGUUGAUUGAACCGACGCUUACGUCGACUGAUGCGGCUGUGUGGGGAUACACGGAGGAUGACAGGAUGUGGCAUGUGAACACGUUGGAUUUUAGAAGCAUUCUUCGACGACCAUGUACACACAGCGACUAUAAAUCAUUCGUCCCUCAUCUUGCUGGUAACAGUGGUGGUUGCUUGUUUGGUUACAAAGAGACUUUCUAUCGUCGAACAGCGGAUAGUUUGUGUUAUGGUGGGAAAGAAAAUCAACCUCGUGCUACUAAUACAAGUUGUGCUUGUACCAAAUAUGACUUUGAGUGUGACUACGGCUAUCACUAUGAUCAUCAUGGCAACUGCAUCAAAGAACCAAACUUCCGAGUGUCUGCAUCAAUGUACUGCCAUCCUGGACAAGCAACAUACCACAAGACUCUCGGCUAUCGACAUGUUCCUGGUGAUAACUGCAGAGGUGGAGUAAUUGAUCAGUUUGUUAGUCAGGAGACAGAGGAGUGCAAUGGUGCUAAUGGACAUAAAAUUGAAUCACAUGGAGGCAAAGACAAAUCACCUUCUGUGCCUAAUGAAGCAGGCGGCAACAGCAAGAUUGAGAAGAAAAAGAAGGGAGGAGGAGUUAACGUUGCUGCUACCGUUUUGAUUCCUCUUGCUCUUGUUGUUGUGGUGAUUGGUGCAUUCUUUGUGUAUAAGAAAUGCUGGAAUCGAGAUUCGAGUAAAUUUGAUUACAAGUACUCCAUGCUGGCACAAGAAAAUGAAUACUCUAGGAAGGACUUGCUCUCAACAGAGGAUGAUGGCGAUGAUGAUGAUCUCUAAAGUGGCAAACCUUGAAACUAUAUUAAUGAUAUUAGGUAGCAAUAGAAGUGUUGAUUGUUGUGAAUCUUUAUUCAAUAGAUAGUACACGAGCAACAGUGA